AUGAGGAAGCCGAAUGUGUUCCGGCACGAGUCGGCGCUCCCACGCAUGUCGUGGUCGCCGCGUAAUCUCUACAACCUGAUUGCACGCUCAUCUACCCCUAUGCUGGUCAACGAGACCUCGUUCCAAAAGACCAGCAUGACCAUGUUCCAGCAGCGCUGGCGGUCCAAGCGCCUGCUGCGCGCGUACCACGGAGACUGGAUUCCAGAGCGCCGCUUCAAGCGCUGGUUCCUUCCGACAUCUCUCCCCAGCUUUUCGCCCCCCUUGAGCAAGGCUGGGCCCUUGUCGAAGGGCUCUGACGUGCUCGAUACGCCUACGCCGCCCGUCAAGACUUUGUUCAUGCGCGAUGUCGAGCGCCGAAUUGACACAGUCGUCUUCCGCUGCUGCUUUGCUCACAGCGUGUACUACGCGCGCUCGCUUGUACUGCAUGGCAAAGUGCGCAUCAAUGGCCAUGUCAUCACCGACCCUGGUCACCUGCUCGAGCAAGGCGACCUGAUCACUGUCGAGCCGGAGUGCGUGCCGAUGCUCAACAAGGAGGUGGCGAAGCGCGUUCAGGCUGACCGCGAGCGUCUCGCGCCGUCGCCGCCCACUCGUGAGGAACCCGAGGCGAAUGCCGAGACGGAGGCGUCCCCUGAGGCCGAACCGGCGGCCGAGGCAUCUCCUGCCGAGAAGGCAUCUGAGACUGAAUCAUCUGUCGAGUCGGCGGAGGCAGCGCCGUCCGAAGGGACGCUACCUGAGUCCCAGGCCAAGCCGGCGGGCUCGGAGCUCGCACCGGGCGUUCUACCCUUCCACCUGCCGCCUUUUGCAGCGCCGUUCUUGUUUAUCCCACCCUACCUCGAUGUCAGCUUCCGCACAUGCUCGGCCAUCUAUCUGCAUCACCCCACCCUAUCGCAGCACGUGGCCCGUUCCCGCGAUAACGAUUCGAGUGGCGGUCGGCGCUACUCGCAGUUGCUGUACCGCUCCGAUAUCCCUUCGCCGUACCCUGCGCAUGGAGACAUAUUUGGCCUGGCCUGGGAGUUGUACGCACGCAACGCGCCUCGUGUACGCGCCGACGAGCGCCGCAUCAAGCUGCUCGGCCGCUACGGUCGCAACGGUUUCGAUGCUGCCCGUGCCUUUGAACAGGAUCGCCGUCGCGUCGCCAUGCGUCGUGGUUGGGGCCGUACUCGUCCGAUUACCCGCAAACUCUCUCCCUUUGCGCGCGCCUCGCGCACCAAAACCAGCCCGUAG